CUGCUCAAGAUGUACGGUUACGGCCCAUAUACAUUUUUUAGGGAUAGACCUGAAUGGUCCGAUAUACAACCGAUUAAGCAAGAUGAAAGUCCCAGAGGCAUUGUCCGGAUUGCAUAUUCAGAUGAAUUUAUAGACGUUCAUGAUUACGUUCGAGCGGUUAUUGCAAUUGAUGAGCGUUCUGAACGAGUUUUAGCGCUCACAGCAGAAGCACUCCAAAUGAAUGCUGCUAAUUAUACAAUUUGGGCGUAUCGGCGCAAUGUUUUAUUAACUCUUAAAUCUCCGCUUGCAAAAGAGCACACCUUUGCCAGAAUGCUUUUGCUUGAUCAUCCAAAAAAUUAUCAGUUGUGGUAUCAUCUUCAGUGGCUAAUGAUGGAAGCUGCCAAAGCAGAUGGUGAAAAUGACCCUAAAACAGUCUACUCUCGUCCUGAUUCUAAACUUUUCAAAACUUUGAAGAAGGAGUUAGAUUUGAUUCGUGAAAUUCUGAAUGAUGAUUCCAAGAAUUAUCACGCUUGGCAAUAUCGUAGAUGGCUGGUUGAUUUCUUUGGUGUUCCAGUGAAAGAUGAACUUCGAUUUACCGAGUUAAUGUUUCUUGAUGAUACAUUGAACAACUCUGCUUGGAAUCACAGAUUCUACACAGUUAUUGAAGAAGGAUUAAAUGAUAGCGUAUUUGAUAGGGAAAUGAAUUAUGCAGUCACUCAACUGAAGGCCAUGCCACAUAAUGAGAGCGCGUGCAAUUACCUUCUUGGUUUAGUCUCUCCCCUGCCGAAUGCUGUAUCUAAGCAAGAUGUCAAUGUCGCUCAUGCUCGUCUAAUUUCCGUCAGAAACGCCGUCGAAGAUUUGAUUGAUAAUGAUAAAGAUGGUGCUGGAGAAAGUCCCCCUAUUCUUAGUCUCCUUGUUGAUCUAUACUACUUAUCUCUUCAAAAUCGCCUUUUGAAACCUUCUCCUUCAACCGAGGACGAAGAUGUUCUGAAGGAGAUUGCUGACAGUGCGAUGCAAAUUUGUGAUCGCCUCUCUGUUGAACUUGAUAGAAUUCGUGCAAACUACUGGAAGUAUCGUAAGAGUCAGAUUAAAGAUGCGUCUGGAAAAAUUAUUCCAUUGAAUUGA